UACGCUCGUAGCCAGUGACUGUGGAGUGUGCAAAGGAGAGAGAGCGAGAGGGAGGGGGAGAGCGAGAGGGAGAGAGAGAGAGACAGAGCGGGAGCGAGAGAGAGAAGGAGAGGUGGAGGGAAUACAGUUGAAUUUGGAAACAACUGGAAAACUACCAAGCGCGCACAGCACCGCACCGAUCCGACGGCGCAUCGACGGUGCGCGGCCAACACAUUUCACCGACUUUCCUCCCCCCCGUCCCCCCCGCCGCCCGCGAUCGGAUUCAGGCGAGAAUGGAGCUCCCCGCCGCCGGAGAGCACGUCUUUGCGGUGGAGGGCAUCGAAAAGAAGCGCAUCCGCAAGGGAAAGAUCGAGUACCUGGUCAAGUGGCGAGGCUGGUCUCCCAAAUACAACACAUGGGAACCGGAGGAAAACAUCCUCGACCCGCGCCUCCUCGUCGCCUUUCAACACAGAGAGAGGCAGGAACAGAUGUUGGGAUAUCGCAAACGGGGGCCGAAACCAAAACAUCUUUUACUCCAGGUACCCUCAUUUGCCAGACGAUCCUGUAUCCCUGCAGGUUUUGAAGACUCAUCUCCGGAUACGGAGGCAGUCCUCGUGUCCGAUCCCACCUCGGUCCAGCGCCCCCAAGCUCAGCAGUACCAGCUUAACAGCAAAAAGCACCAUCAGUACCAGCCCAACUUCCAGGAGGUCCCCGCGGACCAGCCGACCAACGGCAAGAAGAAGUUCAUCUACCAGCUCAACAGCAAAAAGCACCACCACUAUGAGCCUGACCCGAGCAUGUACGACGCACAGGCUUCCAGGCUCAAAGAGGUGGUCAAAGUCCAGGAGCCGGCCAGUAAACCGGCAAAUCCUGGCUGGAACUUACCGCUGGCCCUGCAGCAGAAAUGGGUUCGAGACAAAGACACAGGCUGCUUGAGCAAAGUCAAGGAGUUGGCCGUGGAGGUUAGAAAACCAGCUGUUAAAGACGCUGAGAGCGAACAUGCCCUCAAAGCCAAUCCUAAAGACGCAACCCUGCCUAGCUCCGUCAGCAGCAAAAUGAAGAUAAUCAAGAACAAGAACAAGAAUGGACGUAUUGUUAUUGUCAUGAGCAAAUAUAUGGACAGCAACAAGGCUCACGGAGCUAAGGGUAAACACAGCGAAUCGUCAAGCGACGUGAAACCGCAAAACACCAAACCGUCGGAGAACAAUCCAGCACACACAACCAAAACAGCGGAGCACCCGGAGAACGGUAUUCCAAAACAGCUCUGUAGUGGCAGCUCCCUCCCCGCCGCAGAGCACCCUAUAAAGUGUUCCCCAAAGGACAGGCAUUUCUCCAAACCCUCACCGAGCACAGCAGAGGAAUACAACACCGAGGUGGCUCGUGGUCAGGCCGAUUUACCGGACGAUCUGCCCCUUCAGCUGACCGCUAGCUCUCCACUGACGUCAUGGUCUGUCGACACCAACAUCCCCACCCCAACAUUAGUGGAGAUAAGGAUCCCUUCUUUUCCCAACGACCGCAAGCGAAAGCUAUCAGGUCCCGCUGAGGACAGGAGCGUCUCCAAAACCUACCUGACUUCCAGGAGCUUCAGCGUGCCCAGCACCGUGGUCACGCCGCCGCAGGACAAACCUAUGGACCUCCAUUGCAGUGGCACGCGCCACAGCAGCACAUAUACGUACGAGGCUGGGGACGGUGGCAGCCAAGAGGAGCCAAUGGAUCUCAGCUGCCCAAAGAAUAAGAAUCAGGUGGACAUGGAAAUACUGGCUGAGCCCGAGCCUGCCGUCACUGAGCCAACCCAAGUGGUAGAAGACACACACAAAUCCACAGAGGAAUCUAAAGAAGCAAACAUCUCCCCCUUUAUGGGAAAUAUAAUAAUCACUGACAUCACAACAAACAGUCUCACGGUCACAUUCAAGGAAUUUGUUUCUUUCUAAGAACCCAUUCGUGAACUACUACCAGUGACUGAUAAAUCCUGUUGCAUAUGUAUAUAUGUAAAAACAUCAGAAUUUUGUAAAUGUUGAAAUUUAUAAUUUAUCAUUCAAAUUUAAUAUGUUUCUUAGAAUGUUUUAUACUGUAACUCCUCUGUGACGUCGUAGCCAAGAAAGUGCCCUCGAGGAUUUGAGCGAAUGCAUUCAGGUGGAUGUGUUCCACUUUAAAAAUACUGUUUAUUUGUCGUAUGGAGCAUAAUGGGAUACUUUUGCUGUUGUUUUGAUAUCUGCACCAAACUUAUAACCUGGGAUGUAUGAAGGCGUAUACAUAUUUCUUAUGAAUAAUAUCACUUAUUUUGGUCCUGAUAGAAGGUAGAGAGGAUGUUUUUGAGUAUAUGGGGAUCAAAGAUCAAUUUAAAAGCACUUAAUUACAUAUUCAUAUGUUGACUUGUUUCAUUACGAGGAAACAAAACGUUGUUCUCUUGAAGUCUUAUUUCACUUUUUACUACAGGCAGGUCUCCUCUUGGCAUGUUUUGUUUGUGGCUUGUUUGAGAAAACAGGAUAAGCUAUGACAUGCAAAUUUACAAAGCAGGUGUGUCUGGUUACAGUGGAAACAUGCACGCACGGUAUGUGUCAACAAAUGUAAAAAAAAAAAAAAUUGUCCCGGUCCUUUCUUCUUUUGUCGGGUUUUCAUCUUGCCAUUGGCAUGCAACGAAACUGUGAAUGUGCCGUUGCAACCCGAUCCAUUACUAUGACACACAAACAUCUACGGACUGACAUUUGACAUCUCAAUGACCUGUUGCCAUUAAGAAAAUGUCAUUUAUCAAACGUGUGACUUUCCGUUAAGACAAUGUACUGAUUCACACCAUAAUCGGAUCAUGAUUUAUUAACUUAUUUUUGACCUCACAUGUGGCUGGAGUUACUAAAAUACAUUUGCUAGUCUCAUUAGGACUCUCCUAAUGUCACAGACAGUAGCUAUAUUCAUCUCAUUUUGCUUUUGGAGUUCAUUGUGCUAUCUGAAAAAAUGAAACACGUUAUUGCUAUUUGCAUUACUACCUGUGGGAGUAACGAGUACGUUACACAGAUUAAAUGUGAGUUGUGAGGCUGCCUUUGUGUACUGUUACGAGCGAGCCAAUGAGUGCAAGCUGUUUUGAUUAUGCUGCUUAAAAUUCAAAUGUCGAAGCUGUUGGAUGUAACCUACAUUUGAGUCUAAAUUGCCUUCCACGCACGUUUGAUGCAAACCAGUAUGAAUGCUGAAAUGCUAUAAUAAUAAUAAUAAAAAAUAUAGCAUCAUGACGUUUAAUUUGUUGUAAUAAAGCUGCUCUCUGCAUCAGAAGCUAAUUGUUUUCAUUGAACAGUUGAAAAGAUAUUUUGAGUCUGUUAGCUCCAUUUUGUUUCUUCUUUUGUGCUUUAUGACCAUUCUCGCACUUGGUUCGAAAUCAAAAUGAUUGAUAUAGAGUAUGUUCUACCAGGAGUUUGUGGACUUACUGCUGUUGGCACAGCUUAUUGGAUGGUAUGUUUCACAAUAAAGAGCGAGAAAUAACCA